AUGGCCCCGGCGCUCUGGCCGCGCCUUGGCCGCAUCCUCUGGCUAGCCUGCCUCCUGCCCUUGGCCCCGGCUAGGGUGGCCGCAGGCCUGUAUGAACUUCAACUCACCACCGAUGGCCCUGCCACCACGGGCGCAGAGGUGACCAUCACGGCCAGUCUGGUGGCCGACGACAACGGCAGCCUGGCCCUGCCCGCCAGCACCAGCCUCUACCGCUUCCACUGGAUCCACACCCCACUGCUGCUCACGGGGAAGGCGGACGAGGCUUUCAGCUCCACCAUCCGUGUCGUGGGGAGCGUGCCCGGGGACUUCCCAGUCUCCGUCUGGGUCACUGCCGCCGACUGUGGGAUGUGCCAGCCUGUGGCCAGGAGCCUCCUCGUCCUCCCCAUCACCGAGUUCCUCGUGGGGAGCCUUGUGGUCUCCCAGAACUCCUCCCUGCCCUGGCCCAGCUCCUACCUCACCAAGACAGGCCUCAGAGUCGCCUUCCUCCUCCACGACCCGAGCAACUUCUUCAAGAACGCCUCGUUCCUCUACAGCUGGGACUUUGGAGACGGCACCCAGAUGGUGACCAGAGAUGGUACCGUCUAUUAUAACUAUUCCAUCAUCGGCUCCUUCACCGUGAAGGUCAAGGUGGUGGCAGGGUGGGAGCAGGUCACAUCGGACGCCGGGAGGGGCAUUCUGCAGAAGACGGGUGACUUCUCCGCCUCGCUGAAGCUGCAGGAAACCCUUCGAGGCAUCCAAGUUUUGGGGCCCACCCUAAUUCAGACCUUCCAAAAGAUGGUAGUGACGUUGAACUUCCUGGGGAGCCCCCCUCUGAAUGUGUGCUGGCGUCUUAAGCCUGAGUGCCUCCCGCUGGAGGAAGGGGAAUGCCUCCCGGUUGCAGUGGACAGCACGGCUUACAACCUGACCCACAUCUUCCGGGAUCCCGGGGACUACUGCUUCAGCAUCCAGGCUGAGAACGUCAUCAGCAAGACGCACCAGUACCACAAGAUCCAGGUGUGGCCCUCCAGCAUCCAGCCGGCUGUCUUUGCUUUCCCGUGUGCCACGCUCAUCACCAUGAUGCUGGCCUUCAUCAUGUACAUGACCCUGAGGAAUGCUACUCACCAGAAGGACAUGGUGGAGGUGGCUGAUUUUGACUUUUCCCCCAUGUCUGACAAGAACCCGGAGCCGCCCACUGGGGUCAGGUGCUGCUGCCAGAUGUGCUGUGGGCCCUUCUUACUGGAGACUCCGUCUGAGUACCUGGAGGUCGUCCGCGAGAACCACGGACUGCUGCCUCCCCUCUACAAGUCUGUCAAAACUUACACAGUCUGA